GGGCUGAGGGCUCAGGCCGGGCUCCUCUCCCCACAGGGCACCUGGAGGCCCUCGCUGAGCAUCUCCACCCUGCUGAGCUCCAUCCAGCUGCUGAUGGCAGAGCCCAACCCCGACGACCCUCUCAUGGCUGACAUCUCCUCAGAGUACAAGUACAACAAGCAGCUGUUCCUGCUCCGGGCCCGGGAGUGGACGGAGAGACACGCGGGGCAGGGCAGGGCUCCCGAGCCUUUGGAAGAGAAAAGCACCCAGGGGGAAAGGAGCCCCAGCAGUGAGUCCUCUGGGCAGAAAAGGAAAGGGAGCAACAUCAGCAGGAAGGAGAAGAAAUCCUGCCCAGAUUCCUGAGGGGGUUUUGUUCCCUUGGGAUUGUCCCCAUCCCCUUCCCUCACACAGGUACGAGGUAUCCUGCCUGUAAAGGGCUGCAGCAGUUUGGGUUUUUCUGUUUCCGCGUUUGUUUGGGGUUUUCUUUUUGUGAAAACUUUGCAUUGUAUUAAUAAAA